CGCUUCUGGUAAAAGUGGCGAAAUGUCGACGUUUCUUUUUACGUUGCUCUUGGUAAAUUAGCAGAGAAUCUCCUCCGGGCCCCGGCUGACGGACGUAUUCUUGGGCGAAAAGUAACAACCGCGAUGAUGACAUCCUGCCGCAGUGCCAGCGCUCCUGCGGUGUCAUGACAUCACUCGAGGGCGGCCCUCGUACACGUGGUGACGACAACCUCGGCUCGACGGGGUCGGUCAGCGACGACGGACAUCCGCCACUCUUUCCUCCGUCAUCGUCGACGACUCCGGAGAGACGCGCGUCCGAGCUGCACCCGCCCCUGUCGGUAGACGCGUGCGUCGGCGCUGCCCUCAUUGGAAGCCCCAGCUUGACCGCCGCCGUGGUGGCUGGAAGCGCCAUGGACCCGUUGAUGAGCGCUCACCUGACCUCGACGGCGAUGCAGGUGUUCGUGCCCUUUAUCCUGGCCGGCAUCGGCUCCACCAUCGCUGGCAUCCUGCUCGACGUGGUCAAGGAAUGGCCAGUGUAUGUCAGAAUACACCAGAUAUUUGUGCUCAUUCCACCGUUGCUGGGACUCAACGGGAACCUGGAGCAGACUCUGGUCGCCAGGCUCAGCACUCAGGCAAAUUUGGGCAAUCUCAGCAGGGUUCGCGAACAACUACCCAUGAUAUUUGCAAAUAUCGCCCUUUUACAGUGCCAGUCGACAGUGGCGACCUUGGUGGCAUGCACGCUGGCCAUCUUCAAGAGUGUGGCGAUCGACAACUACUGGGACCCUUCCCACGUCGCGAUCCUCUUCGCUGGAGCGCUGGCCGCUGUCAACACCGCGAGUCUUUUGCUCAGCCUCGUGAUGUCCGCCGUCGUUGUGGUGUCCACCAAGUGCGAUAAGAACCCGGACAACAUCGCACCGGCCAUUGCCGCCUCCUUUGGCGACUUGACCACGCUCUUCUUGCUCUCCGGUUACUCAUCCUUCCUGCUGUACAGGCCAUAUUUGGCGCCAUUGGUGAUCGUGCUGUGCGUGGGCGUGUUGCCAGUGUGGAUAAUUUUGGCUCGGCGCAACAGCGUGUCCCGAGUGGUGCUGCGCGUCGGCUGGCUGCCAAUCAUCGUCGCCCUCACGGUCUCCAGCUUCGGUGGAUACAUCCUGGAUUACGCCGUUAUAACGUAUCCGCCAAUCGCUCUGCACCUGUCAUCGGUCAAUGCACUGGGCGGGAACCUUGCGGCCGUGUUCAGCUGCAGCUUGUCCAGCUACCUGAACCGACUGACGGUGCUGGGACGGUUGCCCGCGGGGGAGCCCCUCUGCGUGGGUCCGCUGCAGAUGUACUACCAGGGCGGCGAGAUGGCCAACGUUGCCUACGUGCUCGUCGGUGUCGUGGUGCCUGGCCAGACACUGUUCGCCGUGCUCUCCAGGGUUCUACGCUUUGGAAGAAUCUCCAUGAGUAUCACAUUCUUCGCAGCAUACAUUAGCGCAUCACUCGCGCAGGUAGUGGUAUUGCUGUACCUGGCACGUCUCGUCGUGUACCGUCUGUGGGGCUGGAGCAUUGACCCGGAUAACGCGGCUAUCCCGUGCCUGACUGGCUGUGGUGACUUCCUGGGCACCGGAUUCCUUACACUCGCCUACGCGGCACUCCAUUAUGUGGGCGACGAAUCAGCCGUUCAGGAAGAAGAGUUACGUUCCCUCAGCGAAACGUCUGCUCUUCUCACACCAGGGCCGUACUCGUCUUCCCCAAACUACGGCAAUACCACCAUUAGCUAAGCAAUGUCCUGUAAUGAGGGCAAGGCAUCCGGGAAACAAAAGCUUGCAGCCAAAAAGUGAUCUCAACGUACUUUGAACGCUUUCUUCUGUGAUCACGGAUGACAUCUUUGUCUUUUGCGCCUAUAAUACAUAUACAUUUCUUUCUUAGUGUUUAUUGAGAUAAUUACCAACGAGUAUUAAACGAACACGCAAAAAAUGCGUCCUUGCACAGAUUCUGAUGAUUAUCCUUCUCAUGAAAAUUGUCUAACUCAACUUGAAUCAGAUAGAAAUAACGUAUGUGACUUAUG